GGGAAUGUCAUCGAUCGCAUCCCCUCUUUGUUAAACUCAGCCAGCCUGCGAUUCCAUAUCUGCAGCUGCUCCCUUCCCACUGGCAAUGCCUCCUCGUAGGAAGCCCAAUCCUGCCGCAGCGAGGUCUGCACGGCCUGCAGAGGCCGCAGACCCUGCUUCGAAAGGAAAGCGUCCUUCCCAGUCCAAGCCUUCUGCAGCUCCAGCACAGUCGACCCCGGCGGAGCCCGAACACCAGCAUGACCAUGACCAUAACCGGGCCGAUGAGGAAUCGCCGCAAUCUUCCUAUCGCCAUCGAGACCCCUUCGAUGCGCUCCUGGAGCCCUUUUACUACAACAAAUCGUUGACCGACCCCAUCGAUACCGCCAAGGAUAAGUGGAAUCUGUUGCCGGCGUUUUUGAAAGUGAAAGGAUUGGUCAAACAGCACAUCGAUUCGUACAACUACUUUGUCGAAGUCCAGUUAAAGAAGAUCGUCGAGUCGAGUUCCACCAUUCGCAGCGAUGUCGACCAUAACUUCUACAUUAAGUUUACCGAUAUCUACGUUGGUACUCCGCGACGUGCAGAUGAGCAGCAGGAUGCCGGGUUCGACAUUGAGUCUACGGUGACGCCACAGGAGUGUAGACUUCGUGAUACGACAUAUGCCGCUCCGAUCUUGGUCAACUUUGAAUAUGUGCGUGGCCGUCAAAGGGUUAUCAAAAAGGGUGUGGCGAUCGGCAGAAUGCCUGUUAUGCUUCGGAGUUCGAAAUGUGUGCUCUCCAACAAGACGCCCUCAGAGAUGAGUGUGUUGAAUGAGUGUCCUCUGGAUCCUGGUGGUUAUUUCAUUGUGAAUGGAACGGAGAAGGUUAUUCUCGUCCAGGAGCAGUUGAGCAAGAACAGAAUUAUCGUUGAAACGGAUCCCAAGAAGGAAAUUGUUCAGGCAUCGGUUACCAGUUCUUCUAAUGAGCGCAAGUCUAAGAGUUACAUCGUUUGGAAAAAGGAGAAGCUCUACGUCAAACACAACGUGCUGAACGAAGAUAUCCCCAUUGUUGUGCUCCUAAGAGCAAUGGGUAUUCACACUGACAAGGAGAUGAUGCUUCUUGUCGCGGGUAUCGAUGAAGUUUACCAAGACGAUUUUGCCAUCAACUUUGAGGAAGCUAUUAAGCUCGGCAUCUCCACCCAGCAGCAGGCCCUUGACUGGAUUGGCACGCGCAUUAAGAUCAACCGUGGCAAGCAGCAGGCUUACCGCAGAACUCACGUGCAGGAGGCAGUCGAAGCCAUUGCUUCAGUCAUUAUCUCUCAUAUUGAAGUUAAGAACAUGAACUUCCGACCAAAGGCAAUCUACGUUGCACACAUGGCUCGCCGUGUUUUGAUGGCCAAGAAUGAUUCCUCCCUGGUCGAUGACCGUGAUUAUCUCGGAAACAAGCGACUGGAAUUGGCUGGUCAGAUGUUGGCCUUGCUAUUUGAAGAUCUGUUCAAGAAGUUCUGCUUCGACAUCAAGAUGAACAUUGACAAGGUGCUGAACAAACGCAACCGGACAGAGGCCUUCGAUGCCUGGAGUGUUAUGAGUAUGCAUGGUAAUCACAUUACCCAGGGUAUGAAUCGUGCCAUAUCGACAGGUAACUGGAGUUUGAAGCGUUUCCGUAUGGAACGUGCUGGUGUUACUCACGUUCUCAGUCGACUGAGUUAUAUUGCGGCGCUGGGUAUGAUGACCCGUAUUAGCAGUCAGUUCGAAAAGACCAGAAAGGUCAGUGGUCCCAGAGCUCUGCAGCCGUCCCAAUUCGGUAUGCUUUGUCUGGCAGAUACCCCAGAAGGUGAAGCAUGUGGUCUGGUCAAGAACUUGGCACUUAUGACACAUAUCACAACCAACGACGAAGAGGGCCCCGUCAAGAAUUUGAUCUUCAUGUUGGGAGCGGAAGACAUUGCAACCUUGGGUGGAAAGGAACUUUAUGGCCCUGGAAGCUACACAAUCUCGAUUAACGGUACACCGAUCGCGUUCACACGACGUCCCAAGUUCUUCCUCGACUCGUUCCGAAAACUCCGUCGGAUGGGUAGAAUUUCCGAGUUUGUCAGUAUCUACAUUAACCACCACCAGCGCGCAGUGCAUAUCGCCACAGACGAUGGACGUAUUUGCAGACCGCUCAUUAUUGUCGAGGGCGGCAAGUCCCGGGUCAAACAACAUCACCUUGAGAAGCUACGUGAAGGAAAGAUGGAGUUCGACGAUUUCCUUGCCCAGGGACUGGUGGAAUAUCUUGAUGUAAACGAGGAGAAUGACUCAUACAUUUCUAUCUAUGAAAAGGACAUCAACGAGGCAACGACCCAUCUGGAAAUUGAACCGUUCACUGUCCUUGGAGCUGUCGCCGGUUUGAUCCCUUACCCGCACCACAACCAGUCACCGCGUAACACCUACCAAUGUGCUAUGGGUAAACAAGCGAUUGGUGCAAUCGCUUCAAAUCAAUUCCUUCGCAUUGAUUCUAUCCUCUACCUCAUGGUGUAUCCACAGAAGCCUUUGGUCAAGUCGCGUACGAUCGAGUUGACCAAGUACGACCAGCUCCCGGCCGGUCAAAACGCAAUGGUCGCGGUCAUGAGUUACUCUGGUUACGAUAUCGAGGAUGCUCUGGUCUUGAACAAGGGCUCCGUCGAUCGUGGUUUUGGACGUUGCCAGGUGUUCCGAAAAUAUGUCACAAACUUGAAGAGCUAUUCCAACGGUACCAAGGACAGAUUGAAUGCUCCUACGUACGAGAAUGACGCUCCCAUCAGAAAGCAUGCUCUCCUUGAGAGUGACGGUUUGGCGUCUGUAGGAGAACAAGUCAAUGCGGGUGAAGUCUACAUCAACAAAACCACCCCCGACCAAACCAAUGCCUCGUUUGGCUCGGACGCGAACCGGCCUAUCUCAUACCUCCCCACACCCAUGACUUAUAAGCUCCCUGAUCCAUCCUACAUCGACAAGGUUAUGAUGUCUGUGACAGAGGGAGAGAACCAACUGAUCAAGGUGCUCACUCGUCAAACCCGUCGACCAGAAGUCGGAGACAAGUUCUCUUCCCGUCACGGACAAAAGGGUGUCGUUGGAAUCAUCGCCGAGCAAUCAGACAUGCCCUUCACCGACCAGGGUAUCAACCCCGACAUCAUCAUGAACCCCCACGGUUUCCCCUCUCGUAUGACAGUCGGAAAGAUGCUGGAACUUGUGGCCGGAAAAUCCGGUGUGCUUGCCGGUCAUCACGGUUACGGUACCUGUUUCGGCGGCACCCCCGUCGAAGAGACAUCCCGAAUCUUGAUCGAAAAGGGCUUCAGCUACGGUGGAAAGGAGUACCUCACCUCCGGUAUCACCGGUGAACCGCUCCCCUUCUACGUCUUCACAGGACCAAUCUACUAUCAGAAACUCAAGCACAUGGUUCAGGACAAGAUGCACUCUCGUGCCCGCGGUCCCCGCGCCAUCCUCACCCGUCAACCUACCGAGGGUCGAUCCCGAGACGGUGGUCUCCGUCUAGGAGAGAUGGAACGUGACUGUCUCAUCGCCUACGGUACCAGUCAGCUCCUCCUCGAGCGACUCAUGGUCUCGUCCGAUCGUCACGAGAUCGAUGUCUGCGAACAGUGCGGUUUCAUGGGUUACCUGAACUGGUGCCAGCGAUGCAAGUCCUCACGACAUGUCGUCAAGAUGGUCAUCCCGUACGCUGCUAAGCUUCUCAUCCAAGAACUCAUGAGUAUGAACGUCACCGCUAGAUUGAAGCUUGAGGAUGAGUUCCCCGAGACGAGGGGUAGGUAGUGUGUUUGCUUGCCUUGCUACUCGGCUACCAUUUACAAGGGAUUAAAAAAAAGGGAGGAAGAACAAGAAAAUGGCUUGAUACUUAUGAGAUUUAUGUUUGUGCAUUACAGAAAGAAAAAGAAAAGUCGGGCGCUUGGGUCUUUGUGUUGUUUUUCAUCUGCUGCUGUACAUAUCGUUUGCAUGCAUAGCGCGCGGCGACUUGGUUUUACGCUGUUAUGGUUACUUGGAUAGAAAAUCAGAGAUUUGUUGAUUUUUUCAUCGGUUUAUUCACUAGUACUCCC